AUGAAUGUUGUGAAAGAAAUCCAAAGAAUUAAUGAAAGAGAAAUAACAAGUGGAACUUGGUCAGAAUCGGCGUCUUGGCACGUACAGUACAAAGAUACAGCUUGGAUCUUUGCUGGUAAUCUCCCGUUUGAAUUAACAGAAGGUGAUGUCGUUUGCAUCUUUUCGCAAUACGGUGAAAUUAUUCAUAUUGAACUUAUACGUGAUCACAAAACCGGUAAAUCUAAAGGUUUUGCUUUUAUCCAGUAUGAAGAUCAGCGUAGCACAGUCUUAGCCGUAGACAAUUUGAAUGGUGCAGACGUUUUGGGACGUACUUUACGUGUUGAUCAUUCAUUUGGACCUAAAAAGCAAAAAAAGAGAGAGGGGGAAGAAGAAUCGGACGAUGACCAGCCCAAGAUGAAUGUUGCUCCUGAAUUAGUCGAAGUGGUUGAAAAGGAAAAAUCGAAACCAAAGCCCAAGCCUAUCGAUGUGGAUGAAGAGGACCCUAUGGCUGCUUACUUUAGAGAUAAAAAGGAAAAGAAAAGUAGAUCGCCUGUUGAAAGACGAAGAAGAAGUAGAUCGCCUGUCGAAAGAAAAAGAAGUAGAUCACCCGUCGAGAGAAAAAGAAGUAGUUCGCCUACUGAAAGAAGAAGAAGAAGUCGGUCGCCCUAUGAUAGUAGAAGAAAUAGAUCUCCUUUUGAGAGAAGAAGAAGUAGAUCUCCUUAUAGAAGAAGUAGAUCCCCCUAUAGCAGAAGUAGUGGAUCUCAUAACAGAAGAAGUAGAUCUCCUGUGGAAAGAAAGAGCCGAUUCGAUGUUAAACCUUGAUGUAUUUUAAAAAUAAUUUAUGAAAAUAAAAGGAAAACCAGCUCUCAUUUCAACUUUAAAAGUGGAUCUGACUUUGUAUAAUGGUAUGUUAUGUCCCCACUUAUUGAUCAAUGCUUAAUAUGUACAAAUAAAGAAUAUCACUUAUUACUGU